CACGGAGGGAUGCGAUUUUCUGUGUACCUGCUUCUAGUCAGCGUUCUGUGCGCCACAGUCCACACGGUCGGCAGUACAGCCGGCAAUCGUGUAGUCUGUUACUACACAAAUUGGUCAGUGUACCGUCCGUCAACGGCGAAGUUCAACCCACAGAACAUCAAUCCCUAUCUCUGCACACACUUGAUAUACGCCUUCGGCGGCUUCACCAAAGACAACGCCCUCAAGCCCUUCGACAAGUACCAGGACAUCGAGCAGGGCGGCUAUGCCAAAUUCACCGGCCUUAAGACCUACAACAAGAACCUGAAGUGCAUCCUGGCCAUCGGUGGCUGGAAUGAGGCCUCAUCGCGGUUCUCGCCAAUGGUCGCCAGUGCUGAGCGGAGACAGCAAUUCGUGAGGAACACCAUCAAAUUCCUCCGACAGAAUCACUUCGAUGGUCUCGACUUGGACUGGGAAUACCCGGCGUUCCGCGAUGGCGGAAAACCACGCGAUCGGGAGAAUUACGCCCAAUUUGUGCAGGAACUGCGGGAAGAGUUCGACAGGGAAUCCUCCAAAACUGGCAGACCUCGACUUCUUCUCACCAUGGCAGUUCCCGCGGGAACUGAGUACAUUGAGAAGGGCUACGACAUCCCGAAGCUCAAUAAGUACUUGGAUUGGUUCAAUCUACUGACCUACGAUUACCACAGUGCUUUUGAGCCUGCAGUCAAUCAUCAUUCUCCUCUGCUGUCGCUUCAGGAGGACGACGAGUACAAUUUUGACGCGGAACUGAAUAUCGACUACACGAUAAAGUUCUACCUGAACCAGGGAGCUGAUAGGGAUAAGCUGGUUGUGGGGAUUCCAACUUACGGACGAUCCUACACUCUUUUCAACCCUGAAGCCACUGAAAUAGGCGCUCCUUCUGACGGCCCGGGUGCUCAGGGUGAUGCCACGAGGGAAAAGGGAUACCUUUCCUACUACGAGAUCUGCCAGAUGAUCAAGGAGGAUUCAGAAUGGACUGUGGUACAGCCAAAUGACAAAGCCAUGGGCCCGUACGCUUUCAAAGGCAACCAGUGGGUCGGCUAUGAUGACGAAGCCAUUGCUCGCCGGAAGGCAGAAUAUGUGGCAUCAAAUGGACUGGGAGGAAUAAUGUUCUGGUCGAUAGACAAUGACGAUUUCCGUGGAACUUGCACUGGGAAGCCCUAUCCAAUCAUCGAGGCAGCUAAAGACUCCCUCUACCUCAAUCUCGGUUCCAGUGACAAUGACGUUAUUACGCGAAGUCGCAAGAAGAAUACAAGUCGCCCACGACCGCGUCCAUCAACUAAGAAUCGCAUCACGGAGGAGGAUGAUCGCAAUGUUAUUUCGCGCACAACAAAUCGACGAAAGCCUGGUCACCGGAAGAGGACCAGCACAACGACCACCACUACCACGACAACCACUCCCGAACCUGUGCAGGAUUAUGUGUCCAUGAGAACCAGCACAACGCCCGCUCCACCGACAACUCCUGACCCAGGCAGUGAUUUCAAGUGCGAAGAUGAGGGCUUCUUCCCACAUCCGCGCGACUGCAAGAAGUACUUCUGGUGUCUGGAUAGCGGACCAUCGGAAUUGGGCAUUGUGGCGCAUCAGUUCACAUGUCCGUCGGGAUUGUACUUCAACAAAGCGGCGGAUUCAUGUGACUAUUCCCGGAAUGUGAUCUGCUCCAAGUCCAAAUCCUCAUCCUCGACUAGUUCUUCCUCCACGACCACAACUACAACUUUUGCUCCUUCGACAACUACCAGGAAGAGUCCAAUUACGGCCGCUACGAGCAAAUAUACAUUCCUAAGAGCAUCAUCAACAACAACCACAACGACAACCCCAUCCCCUGUCUAUGAUGAUGAUUACGAGUACGACGAUGAGGAACUCGUAGACGAGAGGGAAGAAGGCUCAGAUACAGAGGAUGCUGAAGAUCCUAAAGUCAUUAAGGAGUUGAUUGAAUUGAUUAAAAAGGCGGGCGGUUUGGAGGAACUGGAGAAGCAACUCCACACCCAGAAUAAUGACAAUCCACAAGAGACCGUAACAACCACAGCGGCCAGUAUUAGCAAAUCGCUCUAUGACAAGAUUCUCAGCAGGGCCUCAAGCAGCAAUCUUGAAUCCUUUAAGAAUCGUUUUGGUUCAGACAGCGCAAGUGAAAAUCGAGUGAGGAGCACUUCCAAGUACACUCCAAUUGUGAGGAACUCUCGUCCCGGGCCUCAAAACGCUGGAGUGGAUAAAUUGCCGGAGUUUGAGGGAUUCCUGCGUGAGAAGCCUCAAUAUGUGACCAUCAGCCGGCCGAGAGCCACUCAGUCCACAGACGAACAGGAAAUUGGGAGUUUCGACGAGAGUCUCCCGGAUGCUCCAAGGACUGAGCCCACUUUCGUGCGACACACGCUUCCGCAGCAAAAUUAUGUGAACAUUCGAAGGGGAAGGCCGAAGAAUCCCGUUGUCAGUGCAGAUAUUGCUGACGAAGCGGAGGAAGAGGACUUUCCUGAGGAGGAAAUUAGCUACGAUAGAGUGAGUCCAACUAGUGAGAGAUCCGUGCCCAAUAAUCAGUAUGUGAGCAUCAGGAGAACUUCAACUGCGGCAUCUCCUGGACCGGAUGAAGUGGAAACUGAAGCACCUCUAUUGAAUGCAAUUAACAGGUACAAAAUCCUGUCACGGACCACGGAAACCACCACCUUCAGCGCCUUGGCCCCGGAUGUGAAUCAACUGGCGGAGAAGGAGGACGAACCUGAGGAGACGCCCGUUCCCCCGACAACGUCAUCAACGAGUACAACAACCUCGGGCGGAACCCACAUUUUCCGGCCGGCUUUCAGGAGAAAAACCACCACUACGACCACCAGUCGACCCACCACACUCCAUCAUGUCUUCGCCAUAGACUAUGAUGAUACCACGACGAGCCCCAGCACAGUCAGUCCCAGUCCAUCUGCCAAUGGCACGACGCCCAAGCAGGAGGAACCCGCCGGGGAGAUCAGCCAGCAUCUGGAGAAACUUGUGGAGGUGAACAGGAUUGUGGAGAUCUACUCGAAGCAGGACAAUGUUCGGAUAGAGGGCAAAUCUUUGGAGCCGAAGACUCUCCAAAGCACAGAUUUGAGGGUGGAGAAAAUCCCUACGUUAGACAAACUGGGUGAAGUGAGUCGCUUGACGCUGAUAAAGUACGUUGAUCCACUCAAUAUCACCCAGGAGAAUCUCACAGACACACCCAGGGAGGCAAAAUCACGUCAAAUACUCUCGCCAGAGUAUAUUUUCAGUGUGGAGACCUCCACAAUUCCCCUGGAAGGACUCUUUCGGCAAGAGAGUGAGCGACAAGCAAAGAACGUCGUUCUCACAGCCGAGGAAGAUGGGAAGAAGCUGAACAUUGUCUAUGCCACGAGCAUCGGGGGCAAUGAGAAGAGAUCCACCAGCACGCAUGCCACAGAAAGCACCACGGAUAAUGAGAUAGAGGUGACAACAUCUCUUCCCGGAUCAUCGAGCACAUUUAAGCCGGUACGACCUCUUGUCUCUCUGUUGCGACCCGAAACCAAUGAAUCCUCCCCUAUCGUCAUUUCCAUUGCCAACCUGGACAAGGUCCUCCUCACGCGGGUCACUGAGGAGGACGCGUCCACCUCCACGCUGGCACCAGCGGAUUCCACCACGGUGGUCGCUGGCGAUCACGGAAGUGGCGACAGUGAAGGCACCACAGAGAGUGUUCCGCAGGAGACUCAAGAGCUAGUCCAAGGAGAGACCACAACAGACUCUGUAACAGCCACACAACUCUAAUCCUUCUCUCCUUCACCACCUGCUUCAACAUUUCACCCAUUCUCUAGGUUUCCCCUUGUGUACAGUCCCCACAAUCUAUGGUCUGAGGGUUUCUUUUCACUCACUUCAUGAGCAUUUUCUUGGCUCUCUUCUUGGGAAUCUCUUACACAAUGAUUGAGGCGAUGGAUUUCUCUGUCUCUUCCUGGUGCUUUUGACACAAGAGUCUUUAAGAGAAGCGAGUACAUAUCCUGGAUCUUAAGUCAUCCUGUUCAAUAAUCUCUCUGAGAGAAUGUUAUGUCUUUUUGUUAAUGUAUGUCUUUAACAUGUGUAAAAUAACAUAUCUUAUGUAAGUUUAGCUUUAAGUUUUGUAAAAAGGAUGUAUAAGAAAGAUCUGAUUGGAAUUUUUCUGAAAUUUCAUAUCUUCACCACUAUACAAAAAUGCUACAUUCACUUCUUAUAUUCAUGAAAAUCCUUAAACGAUCCAAAAAUUCGUCUCUGUAAAAAAGAAAGCAAUUUGCAGAAGAGAGUUGUAGUUUUUUCCAAGUGCACGAAAAGAUUGGCGAUUUGGAUGAAAAGAGAUUAGCAUUAGUUUUAAUCACACAUAUUUUAUUGUAAAUCACUACAAAGUAUGUUUUGCCAGAGAAUUGCUAAUGAAAAUUUAUUGUUACACUUGUUGUUUUACUUCUGUCACAGAGUGGGAAACACACACGCAUGAUUUGUACGGUUUUUGGGAUAAUAUUCUUGACUUGCUUAAGCUGUCCAAAAGUCGUGGGAUGGUUGUGAAAUUUGAGAAAUAACUCUUUUGCAAGAAUAAUGCCAUGUUUGUACAUACACAGAAAUUAUAGAUUAAGACAGAUUUAAGAUUAUAGGGCUUUUAUUGCAUUUUUCACAGCAGAACACAUUGCUCACAAUGAUUUCAACAAAGUAAUUUAUCAAUAAAAGAGAAUGUUUUCGUUAUUAACGGAUGUUCAAUUUUUAUAUUUGUAUCUGACAGUGACAUUAAAUUGUACGUCAAAAUGUCACAUCUCUUGGAUUCAAAAUCAACGUCUGUCAAUUCUAUAUAAUUUAUUCCGCCUCCGCGUAACUAAUUAAAAUGUAAUUAAUACUGGCCUUGACCCCAAUGUGAGGGAGAGAGUGAAAGAGUCCAAAUCUGCAAGCGCACACUUUAGAAAAGAGUUGAGUCAGUUAAGUGAUUUAAAUCACUCUUUGCCAUCCAAUUAAAUGUAAACUCUUUCAAGGUGGAGCACACGUAAAAUAUAUUCGAGUGUGCUUUUUGUGAGCUGAAGACUUCACAGUCAGCUCAAAAGGCAUUAACGGAACUUUCGCUGCAUCGGGAAAAUGAAAGUGAGACAGCGAUUGAUGGUGAAGCCAUUCGGGAAGUUGAUUUGUACUGGAACUCCAGUGAGAUAAUGAAUUUUACAAAACACAGCCUCGAUGAUGAGCCACAUUGAUUGAAUGCCUUGUGCCAAAGAGACGAAAAAAUACUUUCACUCGAAAACCUGCAUCGAAGAUCAUGGCUAUGUUUAGUGAGGCAAAAGUGAGAGACGGAGGAUUGAGAGAUUUAUUUAUGAUGAAUCACAAUUGAUCGCUGUGUCACAUUUAAUAUUUACAAAUUCCCCCAGUCAUACACACAUAGCUGAAUGAAUAAAAGAGUAGCAAAGAGUGUUAUGAAACGAUGAAAUCAUCAAUAUGAUUUUUCACAGAGUGCCUUUUAAAGAAAGUUACAUAAAAUUAUCGCUUUUUCUCCCUUCGUGUGAUUUUUUUCUCGUCACUCUUUCGAUCUGUCGUGAUCAUUUGAUAUUUGAAGAUAUCAUUGACUCACUCACUCUCUCUCACUCUCUGGGAAAAUAUUUAUUGACUCUGUACAGAAAAAAUGAAAGUUUCUGUGGAGGGAAAAAAAUUAUCACCAAAAAAUUGACCACACUGAAAAGCAUGGGACGUAUUAAAUUGAAAGACCAUCGAGAAAAGCAAUUAUUUAUUGUCGCCUUAAUUGUUUCCUGCUUGUGAGAGAUAAAAUAAAAGUAUUAUGAAUAAAUUGUCAUGCACAAGAUCACCUCUUUCCACCACACAACACGAUAUCACCAACAAGAUCACACACUUUCAAGAGCACCUGUAAAUGACUUAACACUCUGCACUGUCGUCACAGAUGGAUGGCAAAUGCACAGCUUCCGAGGUGAUAACUGAGGAUCUCUCUUGCAGAACCGCCCGCAGCUGCUGAGGCCCAACUUCCGGCGUCCCACGUACAAUCCUCGCACCCGAAGCACCGUCGCCACGCCGAAAUCUACAACCACAG